CCCGACGAAGCGCGUGAACAUGUGUCACGCGUGCGAUGAACGCGAUCACUUGAAAGUCGCGACUUCCAACUCUCUUUUAUCGCGCUGGCAUGGUUCGUCGAAACAGAGGGGGGAGAAGAUGAGAGAAAUUAUGGUGUAACUCCAAUACGAUAUUGUGACAAUCACAAUUGUUCAAACUACAGUACCUUUUAGCAUAGUUUACAUUGUUGUUAACAAAUUAAGAUGAUUGUCAAAAACAAAUCCUGUCGAAUGUUAAAGUGAAUCCAAGCUUCAUCUAAUACGAAAAUGGCAAUUGGAAGUAUUAUCUGUGGUGCAAACACUCCAAAAGUGAAGAAAAAGAAAGUUAAGACAACUGAGCGCAGUUGGAUAGAAGCAACAUUUCAAAAGAGGGAAUGUGCAAAAUUUAUUCCAAGUGCAGAAGAUGAGCAUAGGUUUGUACAGGUACAGGGAGAUAAGAAUGCUGAAUAUGAUGUGAUUACUACUUCCAGGUGUUGCUGUGGCAAUUCGUAUACCCAUCAUUGUGGAACCGGGGCGGAUGUUCAAAGCUACAGUCUGAGUAACAACAAGGAAAAAGACCGUGAGCAAUGGUCUGCAGGAAAAAAUACUCGUUCUUUCCCCACUGAUGCGUAUGGCACCAUAGAGUUUCAGGGUGGUCCGCAUCCCACAAAAGCACAAUAUGUAAGAUUGGCUCACGACACGCGACCGGAACCGAUUGUACAGCUGCUGUGUCGAGAAUGGAACUUGGGUUUGCCCAAAUUGUUAAUUACGGUCCAUGGCGGACGGUCAAAUUUCGAGCUUCAGCCGAGCCUGAAGAAAGUUUUGCGCAAGGGGUUAUUGAAGGCCGCCAAAACGACGGGAGCGUGGAUAUUCACGGGAGGAACAAAUACAGGCGUUACACGUCAAGUUGGUGAUGCAUUGUUGUUGGAACGCUCGCAACGACAGGGUCGUGUAGUAAGCAUAGGUAUUGCUCCUUGGGGAAUUUUGGAUAAAAGCCACGAGUUGGUCGGCCGUGGUGGCGAAGUAUCGUAUGAUUGCGUCUCCUCGCCAUGGACCAAGUACACAGUUUUAAAUAAUCGGCAUGCUUACUUCCUAUUGGUAGACAAUGGCACUGGCGGUCGAUAUGGCGCAGAAAUUGUUCUCCGCAGAAGAUUAGAGAAAUACAUCUCCAAUUUGAAAUUGCAACCAUACACACACAGCAGCAUACCUGUAGUCGCGUUAGUUAUCGAAGGUGGGACGAAUACAAUUCGCGCAGUUUUGGAAUACGUGACGGACGAUCCGCCUGUACCGGUUGUAGUUUGCGAUGGCUCGGGACGUGCGGCAGAUUUAAUCGCUUUCAUGCACAAAUGGAGAGAUGGACAGACCGGUGAUGGGGAAGGACCGCUCGAGGGAGUUAAGGAGCAAGUUUUAGAAACAAUUAAACGCACUUUUCAAGUAUCCGUUGAACAGGCGAGCCAGCUCUGUUCGGAACUUUUGCAAUGUACUCGAAAAAAACAUUUGAUCACUGUAUUCAGGAUAUCACAAGACAGGCCGCAGGAACUUGAUCAAACCAUAUUGACGGCUUUGUUUAAAUCGAAACAAUUGUCCCCGGCGGAACAGUUGUCUCUUUCCUUAAUAUGGAACCGAGUGGAUAUCGCCCGAAGUGAAAUCUUUGUGUACGGUCAAAAGUGGCCACCUGGUGCUUUAGAACAGGCCAUGAUGCAAGCGCUUCAGCAUGACAGAAUAGACUUUGUGAAACUUCUACUGGAAAAUGGUGUAUCCAUGCGGAAAUUUUUAUCAAUACCUCGUCUUGAAGAGCUGUACAAUACGAAAGAAGGGCCUUCAAACACAUUGGGCUACAUUCUGCGCGACGUACGGCCAAACAUUCCACGGGGCUACAUGUACACGCUGCAUGACAUCGGUCUCGUGAUUAACAAACUGAUGGGCGGCGCGUAUCGCGCGCAAUAUACACGCAGAAGAUUUCGCGUUAUUUAUACGAAGGUGAUGAAGAGAUCCGGCGGUGGUCAUCAGCAGCAUAUGCUGCACCGGAACAGCUGCGCUCCGAACUGUAACACGCGCUAUUACGCGAGCUCCGGCGGAAAAUCCGACAGUCUGACUAUGAGCUUGCUCGCGGAAACAUUACCGGCUAAUCGCGACACUCCUCUCUUCGAUUACCCUUUCAACGAGCUGCUUAUUUGGGCUGUGUUAACGAAGCGCCAGCAAAUGGCUUUAUUGAUGUGGCAACACGGAGAGGAAGCGUUGGCCAAGGCGCUCGUCGCACUGAAAUUGUACAAGGCGAUGGCGCACGAAGCGGCCGAAGACGAUCUGGAAACCGAAGUUUACGACGAAUUGCGCGGUUACGGCAAGGAAUUUGAAAACAUCGCGCUUGAAUUGUUGGACUAUUGCUACCGACAAGAUGACGAUCAAACGCAGCAGCUAUUGACUACAGAACUUCAAAAUUGGUCGGGGCAGACGUGCCUGUCUCUCGCGGUCACGGCGAAUCAUCGACCGCUGUUAGCGCAUCCUUGCAGCCAGAUUAUCCUGGCUGAUUUAUGGAUGGGUGGUCUUCGCACACGUAAAAACACUAAUUUAAAGGUGGUUUUGGGACUGCUUUGCCCUUUUUAUAUAACGCGAUUGGAAUUCAAGAGCAGAGAGGAGUUGCAGCUAAUGCCACAGACGCAAGAGGAACAUCUGAUAGCUCUAGAAGACGAAAAGGAAGACAGCGAUUCUGAACACAGUACACCAGCAGGACCGGAUGUCGAGGCUUUAAUUAGCAACGAGCACAGUGCAACAAUAAUCAAGGAGACGAUUGUCCAAGAGAAUGGGAAAGUACUAACGGACAAUGACGACGGAAUACAUCGCGCUUAUGGCAUUCGAUCCGAAUAUUAUAAUAAAACGACCAGACCGUUAAGAUUAAGGAAGAAAUUGUACGAGUUCUAUACGGCUCCAAUUACAAAGUUUUGGGCAAACGCUAUAGCGUACAUUAUCUUUUUGCUUUUCUUCUCGUACUGCAUUUUGAUACACAUGGACGAGCAGCCGUCGUUAGCCGAGAUAUACGCGAUCGCGUACAUCUGCACACUCGGAUGCGAGAAAAUACGCGAGAUAGCGAUUUCAGAGCCGGCGACGCUCUCGCACAAGUUCAGCGUAUGGGCGUGGAACAUGUGGAACCCGUGUGACGCCGCCGCUAUCAUAUUUUUCCAAAUCGGACUGGCUUUACGUCUGCGAAAUUCUUCUCAUGAUGUAGGUCGUGUCAUGUAUUGCGUUGAUUGCAUCUACUGGUAUUUACGAAUACUCAACAUCCUUGGUGUCAACAAAUAUUUUGGUCCUCUCGUGACUAUGAUGGGAAAGAUGGUUAAGAACAUGAUAUACUUUGUGAUUCUCUUGCUGGUGGUGCUCAUGAGUUUUGGUGUAACCAGGCAAGCUAUAUUAAAGCCCGACUCCGAACCAAAGUGGCGCAUAGUACGAGACAUAUUUAUGCAACCAUACUUUAUGCUGUACGGAGAAGUGUACGCGGACGAAAUCGACCCUGAUUGCGGCGACGGUCCGGGAAUGGUUUCGUGCUACCCGGGUCGUUGGGUCAUGCCUGCUGUCAUGGCCGUGUAUCUUUUAAUUGCCAAUAUUUUGCUGAUAAAUCUGUUGAUUGCGGUAUUCAACAACAUUUUCAAUGAAGUAAACGCUAUAGCUCAUCAAGUCUGGAUGUUCCAACGGUUUACCGUCGUUAUGGAAUAUGAGCAGAAGCCGGUGUUGCCACCGCCGCUUAUAACAAUUUGCCACAUAUAUUUAGUGCUGAAAUAUUUUCUGAGGCACAUUACGCAAGGUAAAAGUGGCACCGGCGAGACCUGCGACAAUGGGUUGAAAUUGUUCCUGGAAGCUGAUGACAUGGAGCGACUGUACGAUUUUGAAGAAGACUGCGUGGAGGGAUACUUUCGCGAACAGGAGCUCAAGCUGCAUAUGUCUACGGAAGAACGUGUUAAGGUUACAACGGACCGAGUAGAGAAUAUGCAUCAGAAAAUCGAGGAUAUCGAUAAAAAAGAGAGCACUCAGAACGCAUCUCUGCAGGCAGUCGAGUUUCGUAUCCGCAAGCUGGAGGAGCUGAGUCAGCAGACUCUAGCGCAUCUCGGGGUGAUUCAUCGCUUCAUGGCGACGUACAUGCCGAACGAAGGACUGUCCGGUUUGGAGACGCUGGAGAGCGUUCGACAGCGUCGGGUGUCGGAACGAUCGGAGGCCUUCUCCGAGGCUGACUCUCACACUCAACUGCCACUGACGACUGCGCGGCGCAAGAGACUCCUGCGAUCUCUCACCGACGCCACGUUCCUAAACGUCGGUCACCCAAUCGAGGACGACGUUCUCAAGAUGUCGGAGACCAUGACAUCCCGCGAGAAUCUCAGCAGGCACGAUUCCUCCGUCAGCGUGGACGCUCACGUUGUUCAGGACGACGUCAAGACCACCACGAGCUUGGAAACGGAAGGCAGCAAGGACGUUCUCGAGGGCGAGGCUGCCGGCAAGAAGGAAGUACUAUCCGAGAAAGGGAUUAGCCGAGACACCAGUAAAGAGGUAAGCAGAGAAGUCAGCGUGGAGGUCACCAGCAAAGAAGCCAGCAAGGAACAGAGCAGGGAGGUGAGCAGAGACGCCAGCAAAGAAGCCAGCAGUGAGAACCCGCCGUCGGACACCAGGCAAGACUCGACGGAGCGUACCUUCAGGCAGGAUUCCACGGAGCGUGGAUUCCGGCAAGAUUCCACGGAUCGCAGUACGUUUAGGCAGAAUAGUAGAACCCGAUCGGAGUCGGACGACUUUAUGCUGCUUCCACCUCCUGGUAUCCAGAGAGCUGUGACUUGGGCGGAACCACGGGUAGCCGUAAUCCCGUCGUCCGUCACUUCGGCCGGCAGCGCGCAGAGAUCGAUCCUGCUGACGAUGCGCGCAGAGUACACGAGCAUCACGGACGAGCUCGAGAGCUACUGCGGCCUGUGGAGUCCGCCACGAACACCGCCGCUCUCACCGCCGCCAUCGCGGGCGCGCAAUAUGUCCGAGAUAUCGAAUCCCGAAAUAGCGUGGCAGAUUGAGAACGAGCAUCUGCGGGACGCGGAGGAAUGCGACUACCAGCAGAUGGAGGAUUUGAUUCAGCGACGCUACCGCGGUGACGACAACGACGGCAACGAACCGUCAAAUGUACACGCGGACGAGGCCGGUAGCGUCGCGUGCUUCUUCAGCGUGUCGAACGAGCAUCGUCAGCUGCGCCGUGCCUCCGCGAUCGACGAAGAUUCACGCCGACCGCCGCCAACGAUCAGCGUCACCCGCGAGAUCGAACAAACGCUCGCGCGACCGCCGAUACGCGACUCCGAAACGACCGAUUUGAGCGACAAGAAUCUAAGCACUGUACCUGCUCCCGCUUCCGAAACUAUGUGUUAAACGAAAGCGGAUAAUUGUUUGACUCGAAGAGUCUUGAAAAAAUUCAUUUGCGAUUCGUCAAAUAAUCAUUAUUGGCUUUGUCAAUUGGUCAUAUUUCUACUAUCAUGUUUUUACAAUAUCGGAUACUAUACUCUUGUAUUGAUUUUUCGUGUGAAUUGAUUGUUUCGGCGUAAACGCAUGGAGUUUUUAAUGUUUAACGAUUGUAAAAUAAGCAAAAGCAGAAUUAUAAUUUUUGGCGAUUAUCUUGUGACAUGCCAAGCAACAUAUAUGUGUGUGCGUGCGUGCGUGCGUGUGUGUGUGUGCGUGUGUGCGUGUGCGCAUAUACGGUCGCAAGAAAAGAAUCUUCCGCGAUUUUUGACUUAGAAGAAUCUAUCUCUCGGGCUCACAUGCUCACGAGUAUGCGAAAUAAUUUCGCUCGCAUGGCCUAAAUAGUAAAUUUUUUAGUAUAAACUAAGUGACUAUACAUCUUACGUGUAAUAAUCGUGUAUUUUUAUCGACUUUUAUAUUAUAUUAUUGUAUCAGUGCUUUUAAUCUCUUAUAGUAACUAUAUGACGCGUAUGAAUAAUUAUGAUAAUUAUGAUAAAUUACAGUCAUCUUUCGACGCAUGGUACCGUAUAUAGCACGUUAUACAUUAAACGUUGAAUUCCUUUCGCGCACUAAUUAUUCACCGUGUCUCCGUCUUAGAUUUAUCCGGUGCAUCGAAUUACAUGAAAGUUCUGUAACGUACACUGUUUCAGGGGGAGAGAAAGAAAAAAAACAAGAGUUACGUUGCCUCUACUUGUGUCCGUCACAUUUGAUGCAUUUCUGUGCAUUCAAAGUCCUUCCAUUCGAUAGAUUGGCGUGUAACUUUGUGAAUAUUUUAUAUGCACACGUUUAUUUAGCGACAACUAUUUUAAUGUGGGAUAUCAUUGUCGCGUUCCCGUCGACACAUGUUCUACACAAGUACUUAAACACUUGGCGAACGAAUAGCAUCUUAUAAUAUUUCCAUGCAUGGUUUAGAUGUAAUAUUGAUUCAAUUUGUGAAAGUUUAUGGCUGAGUGUACUUGAGGUUCGAGUAUAGGCGCGUCGUGAAAUCGCGAUUUCACCAUGUAAAUACGUUAGCGCGAUUCGCAAGACUAUGGCUUUAUUAUCCUUACUGCCGGAUACUCUGUAAUCGAGAUCAUUUUUCGGAGUGUAUUUAGGGCCUUACACAAACGCACUUUCAGCUGCGUCAGACUUGACGGACCAUUCGAAAGCGAACCAUAUCACGCAGAAACGUUCGGACGAACCAAGCCAGUCUGCGUUAGUACAAUUGCAAGUAUCUAAACAAAAAAUAACUUUGAUAUAUAUACCUAUGUCCAAAAUGCCUAAAUAUGUACAGAAAUAUAUUGUGUAUAAUUAUCGAGGAAAAUCGAAAGGAAGUAGGCGGCAAAUUCAAGCGUGUUCAAGCAAACGUUACUUAACAUUUACGUAAAUGUUAACAUUAACGUGACUUAACGUUACUUGACUUUAUAACUGUGAAUUAAUGUAGCAGUUGAUUUGCUACAUAUUUUAAGUGUUGGCAACUUUUUAUAUUCUUUUUUUCUUGUCAAGAUUAAUCAUUGUCAAUAUUAUAAUUGGAUCAUUGAAUCGUCAAUUUAAUUGAGUCGUGUCAUUAUUUAUAGAAAAUUGUCAAUGAUGACAGAAGCGGACGAAUUAAAGUUGAAACUCCUUUUCCGAAUAAUUCCGAAACGAUGACUUGACUAGUAACGGUAUCAUUUCGCAUAUUCAAAAUUCUUACACGUGUUUCUAAAAUCCACAUAGUGCACUUUAAACACUUUUCAAACUGUCUGAAUGAAAUAAGAAAUAUGUGAAUAUUUCUAGUCCAAUGUUGACUUUGGUGUAAAACGAUCGACGAGUAUCAAUUUUACAUAUAUUAUUCACUUAAUUCGAGGGAGCCUGGCGCCCCUUUAGAAAGAGGCUUUUCGAUUUUAUUACUAUAUUGAUGUGUAAAUCAAAAGCAAUAUAUUAUAUAUUUGUAAGAUAUAUCGAUGGAAAUAUUAUCUAUUAUACGAAUAUUUAAUUGCACAAUAGUUACAUUCUACACUACUUAUUCAGGACAAUAUUAGUGUUGAUAAAGGCAUUGUUUGUGCUUUUGCUAAUUUCUAAGGAUAUUUCUAACGUUAAUUUGUAUAUACAUACGAUUAUCGCGCUGUAACAUCGAUAAGUGAAUCGAGUACCGUCGCGCUUAUGUUAGAUAAAUUUCUAUUACUAAGGACGCGAAAGAAAAUUUCAAUGUGUUUAACCCUUUGCGGUUCGAAAUAAUUUCGACCGCAGAAAUGUGAUAAUUAAUAUUACUACUUAUUUCAGAAAUAUUAUGAAGAUUGAAACAACAUGGUUUGCGAAUCACAAUCAAUUGCAAUUGUUUGCAGAAUUAUGUGGUCAUAAAAUACUAUGUCGAGUCCAUUUUGACAAAAAACCGCAAAGGGUUAAUUAUUCUGUAAAAACAUGUGCAAACGUAUACACACACGGCGAAUCAUUUGCUCAAAUUUAUUUCGGUGCACGUAAAAGUUAUACAAUAACGGUUGCACGGUCUCUCAAUAAAAGUACUGUGUGUACAUGUACACACGACAUACGCAGGGAUUAAUAUAAAUUUCCGAGCGCACGCAGAAUAUAUUGGAGAUAUAAUAACGAUAAAAUAAGGCAACAAACCUCAAUACAGCGGCGAUAGUAAUAGCGUAUAUUCUUAUGUAUAUUCCCGUUGCGUAUAUUCGCGCCGAUUGUACUUGGAAUAUAUUGUGCUAUGCAUUUCUCAUGCAUGUACGAUAUGUACAUAUUUACAUUUGUAUCAUAUGUACAUUCUUAUCGCAUCUAGAUAUUUGUGUGUUUCUCCGUUUUUUCAAUCCGUAUACCAAUUACAUUCUUUCUUUAUCAAACGUUUGCGUGAAACUCAAACGCUAGUCAUAACGAGAAUACCAUCGAAUUAAAUAUUAAAGCGCAUAUCACAGUCGCGGAACGACAAACAGCGGAAGCCAAACGAGCGUUACUUAUCACUUCUUCGAUCUAAGCAAUAGUCGAACUACCAAGUAUUAUAGCUACGCGCUAUUUCGUUGUCAGAAUCUAUUCCGUCUAAAUAGUGGCAAUCACUUGUUUUGCGACACUUGUUCCAGAAUCGCACCGCACUACGUGUGUUGUCUUGUCGAUUGUAAAGAAUUCAAAAGAAAGUAUCGAUCAAACAUGGGCAUCGAAGAUGUAAAAAUAGCUUGUUAAUAAUUGUAUGCGUAAAUCGAUUAGCACAUACUGUUAAUCGAUCUUUACCGUACCUGCGUUACACGCGCUCUCGCGUCAAUCGCGUACCGACGUGCUGACGCUGCUGACAACUAAUGUAUCUCACUAGCCGAAAAAAAUGUUUUUCGGAUUUACGAGAAAUCCUACGUUUGCCGUAUUUGAGGGAAGAGAAAAUCAGAAGUGAGAUAAUAAGAGAUUGUUCCGGAGCGCUUAGAAGCGAGAGAGAAUCAGCGUAUUGAAAUCCCGUAGCUAUUGCUCGACAGUGCAAUAUUAUAUACCGAUGUUACACUCGUUACCACGAAUAAACACGUAUAGCGGCAUAGCCGGCGUAAGUGAUCGAUGACGAUCGGGCGAAGCUAUUGAUUGUGCAGUAUCCUCGGGGUACUCUUAAUUAUUCACCAGCGUGCAGUUAAACGAUCAUAAAAAUACGUGCCUUCUCGUCGUACUCUGUCUGUUUUUUACAAUAUACAUACAAUACGCAUGCAACCCCAAUUUGAUUAUAAUCGAGUUCUAGAUAUAUUUUCCGCGAUGCUUGGCGCGCAGAUUCGUGAUAAAACGCAUCGUUAUCACCGAUUUAGAAAUCUAAUUGUAAUUUUUUCUCGCAACGUUUUUUCAACCUUCGUAUUGAAUAUUGUGUACUUUUCCUUCCUUACGUACGCGUAAUUCGCUUAAUAUUGUAUGUGUACGAAAAAAAACUCAAGUUUCUUCAAGCUAAUUCAUUCGUUCAUUUCUGGCUGUCGUAUACCGAAUACAAAAUCGAACUACAGAGGAAAUCUGAUUAUUGUAAGAAUUGUGAUCGAUCGCGUCUCUAUUGUGCGACGUUGUAUCGCGCCAUCAAAGUGGAUUUAUCCAAAGAAAUAUAUACACAUAUUAUUUCAAAA